AUGAAAGCCUAUCCUUUUAUUGGAAAGGCUCUCUGCCUAGCCUUUUACGCCAGGCCGUCGCUGGCACUCAAGGUGCCGUAUCAGGAUGAAUUGACCAUGGGACAAGGGUAUAAUACCUUUCUUGGUCGAGGUCUGAUUCACGACGCCGUCAUGACCACAUCCGAAAAGGACGCGGCCGCAAACUCCAUCAACAACCGAUCCGAAAGACCCGGCAACAAGAACUCAACUGGCAGGUUUAAUUUCACAGAACCAGGUCCAGUUAUGCCUGGCGUGGAUCUGGACGGAUAUUUUACGCCAACUUCGCCAGAAGAGCUUGCAAGAAUUAUUGACGAGGCCAACAAAGCGUCAUCUGACAAGGAAAAAAGAAACGGGGCUACUAACAUGAUUUCCGACAAAAAAAUGAGUGUAAAAGGAUGCCAAGCCGAGGUUCACUCACAUAUUGAGUUUGUAUCGGAUUACACCUCUUACUUGAAGGCUCUUGGCGUAAAUGCGGCCACGAGCUUUGAGAUGGGCGGUAAAUUAAUGGCUCGAAUAAUGCUUACAUUUGACGAAGCAUCUGACAAGGAAGAUAUCAAAGCCACUGCUGAGGCCUCAUUGGGUUUCUGGGGGGUUUCAGGUCAACUCAGUACCGAGGUUGCAAAAAACAUGGAAAAACUAAGCAAGCAAGCACAAGUAAAGGUCAAGAUCUUUUACCAAGGCGAUAUUGGUCGACAAUUACAAGGCCGGUCGGAGCCUUCCGACGAGCAAAACUCGGCUCAGCAAAUAUUUGCAUCCGCCAAAUCAUGGGCAGACACGUUUCUCGAAAUGGCUUGUGACCAGGAUUACAGCUACCAGACUCUUCUUGAUACGUAUACGAAUAUUGGAAACUUCCCCCAGAACCAAUCGAUAGUGCACUAUACUACUGCGGGCGCUGUAGCUUACCAGCUCCUGGGGGAGAUGGUUAAGCAUACGGAAUUGCGAAAAACUCUACAGAUGCGAGAAGCUUUGAGUCAAGAAGAGGACCGUGAGAUCCAGCUGCACGAGACUCGAUUAAUCAAUGCCCAAAAGAACUGGAUUCGCGAGACUGCUAGAAAUCCAGAUAAUGCUUUAGAAACGGUUCAAGCACUUUUCGCGCUAUCCAACGAAUAUUACAAAAAAUGGAAGCCAUACCUGACCGCACAGUCUUCCCCGGUUGAGAUCAAGGCGUUUGAUCGCUUGGUCUCGGCAAAAGACCCAGACACCAAGAACCCAGCGACUUAUGACUGUAGCCACUGGCAUGAAUGGUACGGUCAAGACCAGUGGACAUGGUCCAAAGUUCGAUUUUGCCUCCCGACCCAAACCGACGUGUUUAAAUUGACCGUGUUUCGAGAAAAGUCGCAGUACUUGUGGGGAUCGGCUUGGUAUUACGAGAAAGAACUAUAUCCUGCCGAUGUGACAGUCAGAGUCACUUUGAAAAGAGUCCAUCCCAAGCCGCGUGUUUGGACGUUUUAUUCAGAAAAGACCAGCCGCAUGUCAUUCACGGUUGCUCAAAAAGAGAAGCUGCUGCCCGGAAGAUACAAUGUUCAAGUCAACUUUUACCAGCAAGGCCCGUACUGGGAUGGCACGCCUCUAGGCGAAGUAGCCGAGUUCGAAAUUACGGCAUCCUGA